CAAACAUUUUCCCACUAAUUGUUAUCUAAAUACUUAUUUAAUUUUUUUGGCCUAUAACUACAUUAUUAAAAAAUGGACGAUAUUUUGAUAGAAUUGUCCGAUAACGAUUUGGAACAGUUGGCAAGAAUGUACGAAAGACACUGCAAAGAGUUGCCUUAUUUGUACAGCUUUUUGCAAAUUUGCGUAAAAUCCAAAAAAAUCGACAUGCCAGAUUUUGUAAAAGUUUGGUCGCCUAAUAAUUGUUGGAAAAUAGAUGGGACUUUUAUUGCUUCAGUGCCUAAUCACGGCCACGAUAUAAUUUUACACAGCUUCGAUUCCUCAGGCAAAAAUCUCAUCGAAGGAUUAUCGAAAACUAAAAAAUUUAAAUACCUACGAGACCCUGCCAGGAGUUUCACCUUAUUUUACGCAGUAGAUCCAGAAUUUUACCCAAAAAUAUUACAAUUGUUAAACGAGCAAAAACACAAAAUUUUGAGCAACGAUGCUUCAGAUGUAUGGGUUUUGAAUAAAGAAAAUGCAACUAAAAUUCAGGAAGACAAUGAGAAAGUUUACGUGAAAAAUAUCCAAUUGGAAGAUUUAAGUGUUGUGAAUAAUCACUGGCCAUUCAAGUAUCCAGAGUCUGAGCAAAAACUAAUGGAUUUGUCUAAAUUAACCAAAGGCUUAGGAGUUUAUCUUAAAUCCAACAACCAAUUGAUUUCAUGGGUGGUUUGUUCUCGUUUAGGACAAAUGGGUGCCUUGCAAACUUUGGGAGAAUACAGAUUUAAGGGGUAUGCCGCUUUAGCGGUUAAAAAUAUGGCCAAAACUUUAGCUGAAGCUGGUUUUGAUUGUUGCGGUUCGGUCGAUCGAGGAAAUGUAGCUUCAGAAAGGCUUUUGUCCAAAUUGGGUUUUAAAAAGUUGCGCGCUUAUCAUUAUAUUGCUGUACAAAAUGAAUAUUAAAUCAUUUGAUGUAAAAAUAUCAGUAGAAACUAUUUUCAAUAACAGGUACAUAAUUUAAGUUUGCUAUUAUGGAUACUGCUUUGUCUUGUCCAUUCUUAUUCUGAAAUAAAAUGUUUUUAUUUACCAUUAUAAGUUCAUUAUUUUAUUAUUGCG